GUGCUAUCGGUCUCGGUAGAUAAGGGAACGGUGACAGACUUGACGAUGACACACGGUGCCCGUGCUUUCGGAAGUGUACGUGUCACUCUGGCUAUUUUUUCUCCGUUCCCUCGAUCGCGCGCGUAAUUCCUGCCUCUAUUUCCGUCUCGAGUGGAAGAUAGCUAAAUAAAGAGCAGAGCGAACGGCGGGCUUUCCUUUGGCUUUGCUUGUACUCCGCUGGAGUAGAUUCGUCUCAAUCUCGGCCCGAAAGACCGAUAAGAAGGACAACCGAAGGACCGUGGCACUAAAUAACCGUUCUCGCGGAUAAGUCAUGGAUACUCUAUAUCCGACUCUGAGAGAUCUGCGCUUCAAGUCGGAAGGCCUCUGUCCCAUCUGCCUCAUGGAGAUGGAGCUGACGCCCAGAUACUCGUGCAUCAACGGGCACACCGUGUGCCACCGUUGCAAGUCCUAUUACCAGGGCUGUCUCACGUGCGGAGCGGCGUUGGACGUGGAGACCCUGCCGCCGUCGGACGUGGAGAUCCUGCUGCCGCAUCCCAUGCUGCCGCAUCCCAUGCCACCGCGCAGCUACGGCGAUCACAGUCCCAGCGCGCCGUCGAUGAACGACUUCCUGGGCCACGAGAAAAGAGCCUGGGAACCGCCUGUGCCGUCUGGGAAUCAGCAUCUCGAAUCUUGCUCGUACUCUCAUCUGGGAUGCCGGGUGAAGAUACCGGAGCAGCUGCGGGUGCUUCACGAAUCGAGAUGCCAGUUUCGACCGCGCGCGGAGGAAGAACAUGUAUCCAUCGAUCUUCGCCACGAUGAUUUGGUAGAGUGUUCGUACUCUGCAGCAGGAUGCAGGGUACGAACGAUGCCGUGGCGACGCGGCAUUCACGAGGAGAAGUGUAUCUACAGGGACCGGUUCCAGGGUGUAAACGAUAUCAGCGACGCUCUCGCGUCCGCGACGAUCGCCGAUAACGGCGGCGAUCCCGAAGAACUGGUGCAGUGCAAGUUUAGGCGAUAUGGCUGCAUGGUGAACGUGCCGAGGAGGCGGAAGUACAUGCACGAGCAGAAAUGCAACUACAGCAGCUAUCAAGGGGACGAAGAGUUCAGUUAUCCCUCGCAGCCGGAACUGGAUCCCGACGAGCAAGUAGAAUGCAGAUGGUCUGAACUCGGCUGCCGCGUUAGACCGAAGCGUUGCCGUAAGCAAAUUCACGAGGAUAAAUGUAACUACCGGAUGGAAGAGUGCAUGUGGAAGCAUUAUGGAUGCAGCGCCCUAUUUAAUCCAACGUUAAGACAUUCCCACGAGAACAACUGCGAUUUUGCCCAACAUUAAUUAUACCGAGUUAGACUAAUUCGAGCGAACUACGAUUGUCGCGUGCAAUACGCGCGUAUUUAUCAGGGUGACGGCAAAGUUUCUUUUUAUUAUGACUGGCUUUUGAAAAACGUUGACCAAUGUGCGCAGCGCAUCGAUCUCCGUAGCGCCUAGCAGGAAAACAUACAAAUUGAUUGUUUCACCUUGUAAUCAUUGAAUUAAACGGGAUACCAGCGGGAAAUGCACAUAGCUCCCUUCUCUAGCGUCAAACGAGUAAUUAAAGUGUCGAUGCCUGUACAUCGAACAGAGCCGGCAAUUUUAUUAAUCGGUAACAAGCCGCGAGCCGGGCUCGUCGAGAUAACAACAAUUAGCAAGUAACAAAGCGAACGGUGAUUGUCGGUGGCGUCGAGACGCGGGGCGAUUUUGCAGAACGCAUUAACGGCGAUUUCCAAGAACCCGUGGGGAUAAUACAGAAGAGGAUUAUUUACUCUCUCUCGCGCCACUCUCCGUCCCGCUCUCGCGCGAGAUAGCGAGACUUCCGCCCGUCGUUCCGGGGAUCAUCUUGAGCAUGAUCGCCCGGAAUGAGGGAGUGAUGGCGUGGCUGGGAUAUCCAACACCUGCAGGCUAAUGGUGGGUCUCCCUGUGCGCCCACGACCGCGCCGUUGCUCGGCGAAACGACACUUACACGCUUAUAACGUUCCAUUUAUAACGCCGGCGUGAGUAAACGAUGGACGUGCAACUCUGUCUCGAUGCGCUAUUACGGAUAAUAUCACGAUGUCUCGAAGCAUUGGGUCUCGAAGUCAAUAAAACAGCUUGGUAUCGAGAA